AUGGAAGAACAUUUUAAGAAUAUCGACAUGCUUAUAAGAAAAUAAUAAUUCUAAAAAUGUUUAACUAAACUUGGAAAAUUGUAAAAUGAAUUGAACACUAAAGUAAAUAACCCUGAGGAAUCCUCUGAGGCAGAAUUAGUAUUAUUUACAAUCUAUAAGAUUCUCUAAAGCAAUAUUUAUGAGAGAUAUGCACAAAUCUUUAUUGAUAUCAAUCAAGUCUAUCGAGCCAUGCAAUAUUUAAUUAAUAUGAUUAAAAUAGAAAAAGAACUUUUCAAAACUCAGAAUGACAAAGAGAGCAUCUUAAGAUUAUGUAACUCUUAUGCUAAAAUUGGAAGAUGCUGCUUUUAUUGUUGUUAUUAUGAAUAAACCUUCAAAUACCUUGAUUAUGCUUAUUAAUUAUUAAUCAAGCAUAACCUAAAAUAAACUGGAGUUUAUGCCAUGACAUUAACACUUUUGGGAAAUUAUUACAGAUUUAUGUUUUAAGAUGAUUUGGCAGAAUAAAUGUUAUUCGAAAGUAUCAAAAUUCGAGAAGAAUUGUAUACAAGAUAAUCAAUUGAAGUGGCUGAUUCAUUACAUGGAUUAUCUUAAUUAUUCUCAGAUGAAGGGAAAAUUGAAGAAGCAAUGAAUUCAAUUACAGAGGCUAUUUCCAUUUGGACAGAAGUCUUAGGCUAUUAACAUAUAAAAACUGCGAAAUCCAUCUAUUUGAAGGGCAAUCUCUACCUACGAAUGAAAAAUACUCAAGAAAAUUUAUCUUCUGCUGAAAAACUUAUUACUGAAAGUUUAGAAAUAAAUCUCAAAAUAAUUGGAGAAUCUUCUUAGGAUAUUGCUGAUUGUUAUCAUUCAUUAGGUAAAAUUCAGGCUUAGAAUUUGAAUUCAAAUGUAUUCGAAUAAUAUUUCAAAAAAUCUUAAGAUAUCCUAAAAACCUUGUAUGGUGAUAGUCAUGCAAGCAUCGCAAUUAUUCUAAAUAACUUUGGAAGAUCCUAUUUUGAAAGAAAGUAAUACGAAGAAGCUGUCAAUUGUUUUGAAGAAUCUAUUAAAAUAUAUACAUAGUUAUGUGGCAAAAUGCAUGGGAACUUAGCCAUUACCCUUAAAAAUUGUGCAGAUUGCCAUAAAGAACUAGGCCGAUAUAAAUAAGCAUAUCUUGAUUAUCAAAAGUCAUUAGAAAUUUAUUAGAAAAUGUAAAUAAACUCAUCUUAGGUAAAUUAACUUUAAAAUUUAAUGUCCUAAAUCUCAGAUAAGUACUUAGAGGAUUGA